UGAAGUAAACUGCACCAAUCGAUUUGAUGAUCUUCAUUGUACAGCGCGCCUUUUGUCUCUCGAUGUUAAGAAGCUUAUCCCCACUACGGAAGUUUCCGGACCUAUGCCAGUGUAUGCGACCGUGGAAUAGGAGCUAGGUACUAGUUGUAUACAUACUGCCAAACACGAAACAUGGCGUCUACGUUAGAAAAUUUGGAGACACAGUUGGAGCUUUUUAUUGAGAAUGUUAGGCAAAUACGUAUUAUAGUGAGUGAUUUUCAACCGCAAGGACAAAAUGUACUGAAUCAAAAAAUUCAAGGAUUAGUAAACGGCUUACAAGAAAUAGACAAACUUAAGUCUCAAGUUCAAGAUGUUCAUGUACCUUUGGAGGUUUUCGAUUACAUUGACCAAGGCAGAAAUCCACAAUUAUAUACUAAGGAUUGCAUAGAAAAGGCAUUAACUAAAAAUGAACAAGUGAAAGGAAAAAUCGAUGCUUAUAGGAAAUUUAAAGCAAACAUGCUUGUGGAGCUAACUAGAGUUUUCCCACAUGAGUUGGCUAAAUAUAGAGCUAUACGUGGUGACGAAUGAACAGAAAGUAAACCAAACAACACAAUGCUUUUUUGUUAAUUUUUUUAUCAUAUUCUAAUUACAUAUAUAAUAAAUAUUUAUUAAAAAAAAUA